ACAUGCGCGCCCCGUGUGAGCCAACCCUUGGAACCCCUGCCUCGGUUUGGCGUGUAUGAAAAGGGCCUGCGCCCAGCCUUGUCCCUUGGAGCUGUCUCCGGAUGCCACAAAAGUCACCAAACUUCAGGAGGCACAGAGGCUCUGGCUGGUGCCCGAAUCCCCACCCCCAUGAUCGGACUGGCACCUCGAAUCCACGUGAUUUCCCGGCAGCAGCAGCCGGCUCCCGGCGCGAGGCUAGUCCGGCUGAAGGCGCCUACUUUCAGUUUCGUGUGGAGCGCAGUGUGGUGAGGAGCGCGGCUGGGGCCUGCCCUAUGGAAACAAUGUGCAAAUUCAGCUCAAUGUGCAAAAACGGGACUGGCCCAGCCGCCGAUGAGACCCUCUCCGUGGACGCCCUAGAACAUCUAUGAUGAACCAGGAAGCCAAGCUGAAAUGCGAGAAAUGGAGCCGUUGACUCAAAGGGACUGCACACGUUUAGGCGUCUCCCGUGACCAGCUCCUCAUGGACCCCAUUAGCUUCCAGCUGGACACCAAGAACCGGUGGGUUUGUCUCGUAAGGCUGCUCAGCAAUGACCCUGAAUGGCUGAGUGCCAAGGUGAAGUUCUUCCUCCCCAAUACGGACCUGGGCUCCAGGAAUGAGACUCCAGACCCCACAAAGAGGGUCUUCCUACAACUCAGGGAGCUGCACGCCCAAGGUCCGGCCACCUGGCAGGCGUUCAUCCACUGUGUGUGCAUGGAGCUGGAGGUGCCCCUAGAGCUGGAGGUGCUGCUGCUGAGCACUUGGGGCCACGAAGGAGGCGAGUUUCCCAGUCCUUUGGAAACUGGCGAAGAAAGUGAACCUGAACCUCAGCUCGGCCACGGCCUCAAGCGGCCUCACCAGAGCUGCGGAUCCUCUCCCCGACUGAAGCAGUCCAGGAAGCAGUACCUAGCAGAGUUGGCCAGGAGGUACCUACAGCUGCUGAGGACUUCUGCCCAGCAGCGCUAUGGCGGCAAGCUCCCCGGGCCAGGGCAGCCCCUCGCCUUCCACCAGGCCUACAUCCCCACCAUCCUGCAGUGGGGCCGGGCCACCGCACCCUUCAACACUCCGGAGGGGGCCUCCAUGGGGAGCCCCAGGGCAGAAGAUGGCACAGAUGUGAGCCUCCAGGACCUGUUCAAUGCCAGGACUGACAAAGGCCCGAGGGUGACGGUGCUCCUGGGGAAGGCCGGCAUGGGCAAGACCACGCUGACCCGCUGGCUCUGCCAGAGGUGGGCCGACGGCCAGCUGGACCGCUUCCAGGCCCUGUUCCUUUUCGAAUUUCGCCAGCUCAACCUGAUUAAGAGCGGCCUGACGCUGCCUCAGCUCCUUUUCGACGUGUACCUAAGCCCCGAGGCAGACUCCGAGGCCGUCUUCCAGUACCUGGAGGAGAACUCCAGCGGGGUCCUGCUCAUCUUUGACGGGCUGGAGGAGGCUCUGCAUCCCUGCUCCGGCAGGGACGGUGCCGGCCCUGAAGCCCCAGGUCCAGCCCUUGCCCUUUUCUCUGGCCUGUGCCGAGGGACCCUGCUGCCCGGCUGCAGGAUCAUGGCCACCUCCCGUCCAGGGAAGCUGCCAGCCUGCCUGCCCACCGAGGCCGCGACGAUCCACAUGUGGGGCUUCGACGGGCCGCGGGUGGAGGAGUACGUGGGCCGCUUCUUCAGCACCCAGCCUCUGCAGGAGGCGGCCCUUGAGGAGCUGCGGGUGAACAGGCGUCUCCGGAGCAUGUGUGCGGUGCCUGCCCUGUGCCGAGUCGCCUGCCUCUGCCUCCGCCAUCUUCUCCCAGGCCUCUCUCCGGGCCAGUCUGAGGCCCUCCUGCCCACCGUGACUCAGAACUACGUACAGAUGGUGCUCGCCCUCAGUCCCCAAGGGCACCGGGCUACCAGCUCCCUGAUGGGCCUUGGGGAGGUGGCCCUGGAAGCCCUGGAGGCAGGGAAGGUUAUCUUCUUUGCCACAGACAUUCCUCCAUCCGUGAUGGCCUUCGGGGCUGCCCUGGGCCUGCUGACCUCCUUCUGCGUCUGCACGGGCCCCAGGCAGCAGCAGAUAGGCUACGCCUUCACCCACCUCAGCCUGCAGCAGUUCUUUGCUGCCCUGCAUCUGAUGGUCAGCCCCAGCGUGGACAAAGAUGCACUCACCCGCCACGUCACCCUCAACUCUCGCUGGGUGCUGAGGACCAAAGCUACACUGGGUCUCUUAGACCACGUCCCCGCCUUCCUGGCAGGUCUGGCAUCCUGUGCCUGCCGACCCUUCCUCAACCACCUGACACAGCGGGGCGAGGCGUGGGUGGGCUCCAGGCAGGCCGAAGUCAUACGGGCGUUGAAGAAGCUGGCCACCCGCCGGCUCACGGGGCCAAAGGUUAUAGAGCUGUGUCACUGUGUGGGUGAGACACAGGAGCCUGAGCUGGCCAGCCUCACGGCCCGCAGCCUCCCCUACCACCUGCCCUUCCACAAUUUCCUGCUGACCUACACCGACCUGGCUGCCCUGACCAGCAUCCUGGAGCACAGGGAUGCACCCAUCCACCUGGCUUUCGAGGGCUGCCCCCUGGAGCCCUGCUGCCCUGAGGCCCUGGCAGGCUGUGGGCAGGUGGAGAAUCUCAGCUUUAAGAGCAGGAGGUGUGGGGACGCCUUUGCCGAAGCCCUCUCCAGGAGCUUGCCAACAAUGAGCAGCCUGAAGAAGCUGGGGUUAGCAAGAAGUAAGAUCACUGCCAGAGGCAUCCAGCACCUGGUUCAGGCUUUGCCCCGUUGUCCGUACCUGGAAGAGGUCAGUUUUCAGGACAAUCAGCUCAAGGACCAGGAGGUGCUGAAAAUCGUGGAGGUCCUCCCUUCCCUGCCGUGGCUCCAGAAGCUUGACCUGAGCCAGAACAACAUCUCCGUAUCAACACUACUGUGCUUGACAAAAGUGGCGGUCACGUGCCCGACUAUCAGGAUGCUGCAAGUCAGGAAGACGGACCUCAUCAUCCUUCUCUCCCCACCCGCAGAGGCAGCUGCAGAGCUACGUGGAUCCCCAGGUCCUCAGGGAAAUGCCAGCCAGAGCAGAGAGGCUCAGAGAAGAAGCCUGACCCUCAGGCUGCAGGAGUGUCAGCUAACCAUUUAUGAUGUGGAGAUGCUCAUAGCCCAGCUCCGGGAAGGCCCCUGCCUGGACGAAGUAGACCUCUCAGGGAACCGGCUGGAGAGCGAAGGCUGUCUGUGCGUGGCGGAGGCCGCCUCCCAGCGGCACAUCGCCAGGAAGCUGGACCUCAGCGACAACGGGCUCUCGGUGGCUGGGAUUCACGAAGUGCUGAGUGCCCUGAGCACAUGCCGGACCCUGGCGGACCUGCACGUCAGCCUCAAGCACAAAACUGUGGUCCUCACGUUUGCCCCGGAGCCGGAGGCGCAGGAGGUGACCCAGGAGAGGGCUGUGUUUCCUGACAGCCUUAUGCUCCAGAUGCCCUCUGAGCUGCCCCGGUGCUCCCCAAGGGUCAGGCUGGUGCACUGCGGUUUGCGAGCUGAGCAUCUAGAGGAGCUCUGUGCCGCACUGAGAGGAAGCUGCUGCCUGGGCCACCUCGACUUAUCAGGGAAUGCUCUGGGGGACCAAGGUGCGGCCCAGCUGGUGCAGUGGCUCCCAGGGCUGGGGACUCUGCAGUCCUUGAAUCUCAGCGAGAAUGGCUUGUCCCUGGACACCGUGUUCAGCUUGGUCCAGUGCUUCUCUACUGUGCGGUGGGUUCUCCACCUGGAUGUCAGCUUCAAGAGCCAACGUGUCAUCCUGAGAGGUGACAGAAGAGCCAGGGACCUGUCGGCUGGCGAGCCUUUGCCAGAGUUCCCAGCUGGAGCCCAGUCCUCAGGGUUCGGUCGGCCCUGCACCCCCAGGAGCUUCUGCCUCAGAGAGUGUCAGCUGGAACCCCUGAGCCUCACCAGCCUCUGUAAGACCCUGGAGAAGUGCCCAGGACCCCUGGAGGUCAAAUUGUCUUGCGUGGCCCUGAGCGACCAGAGCCUUGACACCCUGCUGUGGCACUUGCCGAGUAUCCCCCAGCUGAGCCUCCUGCAGUUGAGCCAGACGCCACUGUCCGCACGGAGCCCCGUGCUGCUGGCUCGCCUCUUCAGCCUGUGCCCACGAGUUCAGAAGGUGGACCUCAGGUCCUUGCAUGAGGUGACUGUGAACUUCAGGUCCAGCAAGGAGCAGAAAGGCGGGUGCUGUGGCAGGUUCACAGGCUGUGGCCUCAGCCAGGACCACGUGGAGACACUGUGCAGGUCGCUGAGGACGUGUGAGGACCUCAGCCAGCUGGACCUCUCUGCCAACCAGCUGGGUGAUGACGGACUCAGGUGCCUCCUGAAGGGGCUGCCUCAGUUGCCCAUCUCCGCGUCGCUCAAUCUGAGUGGCAACAGCAUGUCUCAGGAAAGCGCCCUGUGCCUGGUGGAGACCCUCCCUUCCUGCCCGCGUGUCCGGGAGGCCACCAUGAACCUGGGCUCGGAGCAGAGCUUCUGGAUUCACUUCUCCCGACAGGAGGAGACUGAGAAGACACUGAGGCUGACCGAGUGCAUCUUCAGACCCGAGCACAUGACCAGACUGGCCGCUGGCCUGAGCCAGGCCUGGCAGCUGACGGAGCUCUCGCUGAUGCGGUGCUGCCUGAGCCUGGAAGACCUCGCUGUCCUCCUGAGUCUGGUGAGGAGGCCAGGGGGGCUGCUCAGUCUCAGGGUGGAGGAGCGGUGGAUGGGCAGAGCCGGGCUGCUCGCCCUGCGCCAAGUCUGCGCCCAGGUCUCGGGCAACGUCACCGAGAUCAGCAUCUCCGAGACCCAGCAGCAGCUGUGCAUCCAGCUGAGAUUUCCUCGGCAGGAGAACCCAGAGGCCGUGGCCCUCAGGCUGGCUUACUGUGACCUCGGCAUCCACCACAGUCUUCACGUCAGACGGCUGAUGGACAGGUGCACUUGGCUGCGGCGGCUCAGCUUGUCCCAGGUAAACAUCUGCACAGCUGGCUCCCAGCUGCUACAAAGCUUGCUGUCCCACUCGGAGCUGAGGCAAUUCAGGCUGGCCUCCAGCCGUGUGAGCCCUGAGGGCCAGGCCCACCUGGCAUCUGGUCUGAGCCACUGUCACCAACUGGAGGAGCUGGACUUGUCUAACAGUCAGCUGGGCGAGGAGAAGGGCUCCUUGGUGCUGAAGAAAGCCCUGGAAGACAAGUACUGGCUGCAGAAGCUGGACCUCAGCCACUUCCCGCUGGACGUCUCCACACUGGCUGUGCUCACUGAAGCGCUGAGCCACAUGACCCUCCUGCGGAGCCUCAGCCUGAGUAGGAAUGACAUCGAUGACAUCGGCUGCUACCGCCUUUCCAGGGCUCUCAGAGCUGCCACCAGCUUGGAGGAACUGGGCUUGAGCCACAACCAGAUCGGAGACACGGGUGCCCAGCAUAUAGCUGCCCUCCUGCCCACGCUGCCUGAGCUCCGGAAGAUAGACCUCUCAGCGAAUGGCAUUGGCCCGACAGGGGGAGUGCAGUUGGCAGAGUCCCUCGCCCUUUGCGAGCACCUGGAGGAGCUGAUGCUUGGCUGCAACCCCCUGGGGGACCUCACAGCCCUGCGGCUGGCCCGGCGGCUGCCCCAGCACCUGAGAGUCCUACACCUGCAGUCCAGCCGUCUGGGCCCCGAGGGGGCGCUAAGCCUGGGCCAGGCCCUGGAUGGGUGCCCACACUUGGAAGAGAUCAGCCUGGCAGAGAACAGCCUGGCCGGACAGGUGCCGCACCUCCAUCGGGGGCUCCCGCUGCUCAGGCAGAUCGACCUGGUUUCCUGUGAGAUCGACAACCAGGCUGCCAAGCCCCUCGCCGCUGGUUUCAUGGUCUGCCCAGCACUGGAAGAGAUCCUGCUGUCCUGGAAUCUGCUUGGGGAUGAGGCAGCUGCCGAACUGGCCCGGGUCCUGCCUCGGAUGGACCGGCUGAAGAGAGUGGACCUGGAGAAGAAUCGGAUCACGGCGUACGGAGCCGGGCUCCUGGCUGAAGGGCUGGCGCAGGGCUCUGGCAUCCAAGUCAUCCGGCUCUGGAAUAACCACAUCCCACCUGACGCAGCCCAGCGUCUGCAGAGCCACGAGCCCAGGCUGGACUUUGCUUUCUUCCCCAACCAGCCGCAGGCUCCUCGGGGCUCUUGACGUGGCCACAUCUCAAGACACUUAGAAUCCGGCCAAGUGAUGCCAACUCCCCCCGCCCCUCGGGACGGAGGGCUCGGAAGGAACCUCAGCUGGGUGUCCCUGCACCCAGCCCCAGGAGGGAGGGACACGUCUGUCCGGUUACAGUAUUCAGGGAGGACCUUUCUGGGACACAGGAGCCUAGUACGGCCAAUAGACCAUCCUGCAUCCCGGGGGACAGGCGUGGCCAAUACAGACAUGGGGCACGAGGAGGGUGUGCGUGACGUGACGCAUGGCACAGAAGGUCACAUGUGGCAGAGUCCCAUGUGACAUUACAUGGAGCUUGCAGUGUGGCCUGCAGGUCAGUGUCACAAGUCCUAGCACCAUACAUGGCAGGACGUACCGGACCAAUGUCCAUGUCGUGUGACAUGUGGCUGGCCAGAGGCUGGUCCAAGAUCUAAUUUAUUACUUUUUUUAAACCAAGUGUGUGUGUACAGAUUGCCUCUCCAGAGCAGCUAAGCCAUAGAAUGUCUUCCGGCCAGAAGUGGGAUGGGGAAAUGUCUGCACCCGGACCAGCCCAGUGGGCCAAGCUGGGGACUCAGCUGUGAGGCUUGUGGAUGAGUCCCCUCCUGCCUCAAGCCUCAGUUUGCCCAUCUGUAAACUGGUGACCCCCUCCCCUUACAUGCUGGCCUAUAAGGACUAUGUAUGAUAUGGGUCCAGGUCCAGGGGGAGCCAGCUCGGCCUGGGGAAUGGAUGGGCCCAGGCCGCCCUGUAUACGAGACAAAGCUGGUGUAAGGGGCAAGGGGUGGGCACCGCCAAGAUAGCCAGGUGAGACCAUGGGGCACAGCCACUACCUCAGGGGACCCGGGAGAGCUCCCGGGGCUCGCGGCGUUGUUUUUACUUCCAGGAGGGCACAGGGGUGUCCCUGCCAUGUACACUGUAAGUCAAGUGCGACCAAUAAACAUGUGGUUUCCCA